AUGACUAUAUUUGCUUGUGAUAUAGAAGAAAUAAUUAAAUCAGGUGAAGUACCGCUUAGGACUUUAGUACUUGCGAUGACAUGUAUAUCUAUGGAAGUUACAGCUAGAUCAAGAAAAAUUGGCAAGGCAGACACGACAAGUCGUAUACGAACGGAUUUAUCUUUGUUUAUUAUUUUGUUAGAUGGUACAAUAGUACAACGCAACGAUGAUAUUUUGGAUCUGGGUUGCCGUACUGUUCGCGGUGGGAACAUGGGAGCUGCGCUGACUAAGAAACUCCAUAUUGUGGAUGAUCUUGAUAGAUGUUACAAAGCGUUUCCUGAAGAAAGGUUCGUCGGCAGGUAUGAAUUUUUAAACCCAGCCAUUGUAAUCAGAGACUUGGAACUUUUAAAGAAAGUAACCAUAAAAGAUUUUGACUAUUUCACCGAUCACAGAGGCUUUGCUGACGAAAAAGUUGAACCUAUAUUUGCCAGAAAUCUGUUUACAUUAAAGGGUAACGAAUGGAAAGACAUGCGUUCAACGCUCAGUCCUGCUUUCACCAGCUCCAAAAUUCGGGUGAUGGUUCCAUUCAUGGAGGAAGUAGGAAACCAGAUGAUAGAAGCUCUAAAAAGAAAGGUCCAAGCGAAUAACUGCGACCAAUUAGAAGUUGAUGUUAAGGACCUUACAACUAGAUACGCUAACGAUGUGAUCGCGACCUGUGCAUUUGGAUUAAAAGUCGAUUCCUAUACAGAGGAGAAUAACAAAUUUUAUCACAUGGGAAAGAUAGCAGCGUCUUUCAAAUUUCGACAAAUACUAAUGUUUCUCGCUUACAGCGCAUUUCCCACUCUGGUCAAGAAACUAAAAUUGACUUUAUUUUCAAAAUCUACUACGGAAUUCUUUACCAAUCUAGUACAAGACACGAUGAGAGCCAGAGAAGAGAACAAAAUAAUACGUCCAGAUAUGAUUCACCUUCUCAUGGAAGCCAAAAAAGGAAAACUGAAUCAUGAUGUAAAGGAAAACGCUGGAGAUGCAGGUUUUGCUACAGUUGAAGAGUCUGACGUUGGAAAGAACGAAGUGAAAAGAGAAUGGACUGACAACGAUCUGAUUGCUCAAGCGGUGCUGUUCUUCAUCGCUGGUUUUGAAACAAUAUCCGUCGCCAUGUCAUUCACAUUACACGAGUUAGCGCUUAAUACGGAGAUCCAAGAUAAAUUGUACGAAGAAGUUAAAGAACAUUCAUCGAAGCACGGAGGGAAAAUUGACUACACAUCUAUUCAAAAUUUACGUUACUUGGACAUGGUAAUAUCAGAGGUUCUUCGGUUGUGGCCACCUGCAGUUGGCACAGAUAGAUUGUGCAAUAAGGAUUACAAUUUGGGAAAACCUAAUAAGGAUGCACCGAACGAAUAUAUUAUAAAGAAGGGUGAAUACGUAUUUCUACCUUUCUGGCCUAUCCAUCGGGAUGCUAAAUAUUUUCCAAAUCCAACGAAGUUCGAUCCAGAACGCUUUUCUGAUGAGAACAAGGACUUAAUCAAUCCAAUGGCAUAUAUGCCAUUUGGAAUAGGACCUAGGAAUUGUAUUGGUUCGAGAUUCGCCUUAUGUGAAUUAAAAAUGUUGGUCUACCAAAUUAUAUUACACGUCGAACUCUCUCCUUCACGAAAAACCUGCAUUCCGGCUAAACUGUCAAUGGAAUCGUUCAAUCUUUGGUUAGAGGGUGGACACUGGCUUAACUUCAAAAUUAGGAAUUGA